CCACCCAUACAGGAAGCUGGUUAGCUAGCCAGCUAGCUGUCAACAAAGGGCAAAACUAUACGAAAUCGGCAAAUCCAUGUGGAAGUCGGCGGUAUUGCCGACUCUGAGCUCCUUGUUCUGAAUUUCAUCUCACUGCGCCGCCAGCUGAAUCUUGAACAUGGCGACCACUGCUCAGCUGUUCGAGGAGCCCUUUGAUGCAGAUGAGUACAUUGAAAGGCUGGCAUGGAGGACACCUGGAGGAGGCUCCAAGGGAGGAGCUGAGGCGUUUGACCCCAAAAGGCUGUUGGAAGAAUUUGAGAACCACAUAGAAGAGCUGAAGCAACUGGAUGAGAAGAUCCAGCGGCGGGUGGAGAAGCUCGAGCAUCAGUGUCAUCGUGAGGCGAAGGAAUUUGCCCACAAAGUGCAAGACUUGCAGAGGAGCAACCAGGUGGCCUUUCAGCAUUUCCAGGAACUCGAUGAACACAUCAGCUAUGUAGCAACCAAGGUUUGUCACCUUGGCGAUCAGCUUGAGGGGGUGAAUACACCUCGGCAGAGGGCCGUGGAAGCUCAGCGACUGAUGACCUACUUCAACGAGUUCCUGGAUGGAGACCUACGCAGUGACGUCUUCAACAACCCAGAGAAGAUUAAGGAGGCUGCUGAUAUCAUUCAGAAGCUGCAUCUCAUUGCCCAGGAGCUGCCAUUCGACAGAUUUGCAGAUGUCAAGGCAAAAAUUGCAAGUAAGUACCAUGACCUGGAGCGGCAGUUAAUCCAGGAGUUCACUGCUGCCCAGCGCAGGGGUGAGAUUGGACGUAUGCGUGAGGUGGCAGCGGUUCUACUACAUUUCAAGGGCUACGCACACUGUGUGGACGUCUACAUCAAGCAGUGCCAGGAAGGGGCCUAUCUGAGGAAUGAUGUGUUCGAGGACACGGCGGUCCUCUGUCAGAGGGUCAACAAGCAGGUGGGAGAGGUCUUCAGCAGCCCAGAGACUGUUAUGGCCAAACUCAUCCAGAACAUCUUUGAAAACAAAUUACAGGCCCACGUGAGGGAAAAACUGGAUGAGACUCGACACUCUGAUGUUGAACAGUACCUCAAGAACCUCUAUGACCUUUACACCAGGACCACAGCAUUGGCCACCAAACUGACAGAGUUCAAUCUGGGUUCAGACAAGCACACUUUCCUGUCCAAGCUGAUAAAGAGCAUCUUCUCCUCAUAUCUGGAAAGCUACAUUGACAUGGAGAGGGAAUACCUUCGCACUCGAGGUGCCAUGAUUCUGCAGCGCUACUAUGACUCCAAGAAUCAUCAGAAACGCCCAAUAGGCACUGGCAGCAUCCAAGAACUGAAGGAGCGUAUCAGACAGGCCACCAAUCUCCCCCUUGGCCCUAUCAUUGACACCCAUGGGGAGACCUUCCUAUCCCCAGAGCUAGUUGUCAACCUGCUGCAGGAGACACGUCAUGCCUUUGAAAGAUGCAACAGGCUUUCAGAUCCUUCAGACCUGCCCAAGAAUGCCUUCUCAAUCUUCCUGCUGCUGGUUGACCAUCUUUGUGUGGAACACAUCGACUACGCCCUCGAGAUUGGCCUCUCAGCAAUUCCCUCAUCAGAUGCCAAGAAUGCCAACCUGUAUUUCCUGGAUGUGGUUCAACAGGCAAACUCUAUCUUCCACUUGUUUGACAAGCAGUUCAAUGACCAGCUCAUGCCUCUAAUAAGCUCGUCUCCAAAGUUGGCAGAGUGCCUGCACAAGAAGAAAGAGGUGAUUGAGCAGAUGGAAGUAAAACUGGACACAGGAAUCGACAAAACGAUAAACUGCAUGGUGGGUCAAAUGAAGCACAUCUUGGCAACAGAGCAGAAGAAGACUGACUUCAGGCCUGAGGACGAGAACAACGUCAUGAUCCAGUACACUACAGCCUGCUCCAAGGUAUGUGCCUACGUCAGUCGACAGGUGGAGCACGUGCGAAAGUCCAUGGAUGGGAAGAAUGUGGACACGGUGCUGACGGAGUUGGGCGUCCGUUUCCACCGGCUCAUCCACGAGCACCUACAGCAGUACAGUUACAGCUCAAUGGGAGGCAUGCUGGCCAUCUGCGACGUGGCUGAAUACCGACGAUGUGCCAAGGACUUCAGGGUCCCUCUGGUGCUGCAGCUCUUCGACACACUCCAUGCCCUCUGUAACCUCCUGGUCGUUGCCCCUGACAACCUAAAGCAGGUCUGCUCAGGUGAGCAGCUCACCAAUCUGGACCGAAACCUCCUGCACGCCUUUGUCCAGCUCAGGGUGGACUACCGUUCAGCCAGACUGGGCCGACACUUCAGUUAAUGACUGACUCAACACCUCGCUGCCCUCCGUCCAGUAACCCAAUGCUUUGAUAAAGAUGAUGCACCUUGGAGAUACCCUUCCCUGCUUCGGAGAAUAUGUUGGCCCGGCCCCAGCACAUAGACUUAACUGGGAACGCUUUGUGCAUCAUGGAGAUGAGGCCCGCUGCUUCUUGAAUUUGGGAAAUGUGCAUUUUAUUUUGAUUUCAUUUGUUUUUAAAUACUAAUACACGACCAAUCCACAUGGCUAAGAUUUCUGACAUAUAUAUAUAUAUAUAUAUAUAUAUAUAUAUAUAUAUAUAUA